AUGCACGUUGUUGAGCGUACUCUUGAAGGCGGGGCUUAAAUCAAGACACAACGUAGAGGUAAAUGAAAACCUGGAAAAUACCAAAGUCAGAUCACUUUGGCACGUGGAAUCGUCCACUGGCAGAUGAUCUGAUCGCGUGGCAUUGACGUCAUCCCGGCACGAGGCAGGAGAAAGUAGAUCUACGUAUAUUCAACAUGCAAGUGUGAACGAACCAAAAACAAUUAUGGACUACUUAAGAAUAUCUCUAUUGUUUUUACUGCAUGUUGUUACUUCACAUUGUCAAUCGAUUUCUAUCCCAUUCUUUAGUAAGUUGUUAUAUCACUAUCCGGGUUACAAGCACUUUGGAGGGCGCUAUUCUCACAAAAGAAUCGUGGACAUUAUAGGUUGCAAUAAAACAGAACUUUUGCAUGAUACCAGUGCACUGCGCAUGUCGUUCGCCUUGAAUAAGAUUGGAAGUGUAUACUCUAUUGGCCGUGCACCAAUCCAUUUAUCUAAAUACGGCAAAGAUAGCGUGUCUGGAAGAGACAAUUUGCAAUAUUUAUUUCAUCCACUUGCGUUUGGACCAUAUAUGGCCGACAAAUUUGGAUACCCAAGCAUUUCUGUACUGCACGACAGGGAUGCUAUUGCUACAAAACGGAAGUUCUGGGGGAAACAGGGAAUCAUGGAAAUAAUAACGUAUACCAAAUUCGGAAACAAGCCCAAGGGACAUAUCGCGCUUUGGAACUGUGACCGACUCCACCAAACAAAGGACUGGAUUUCCAAGCACACCCUGCUGACCAUUCAGUUCUGGGAAGCUCCAGAUACCAACUGCGACAGGCUCAUCAAAAGUACAGAAAAACCCUCUACUCCGUCUGGGAAGUGGAGAAGUGUGAAAUAUGACACUCUGAGACUGAAAGCUGAGAGCAAAAUGUAUAGAUAUAACAGUAGAAAAGCCCAAAUCGCUCAAAAGCAUCGCAGAUAUUUACACAAAAAGAUUUGAGAGAGAGAGAGA